GUCAGCCAUUGUCCUUUUGUUUCCGGGUAACGCGCAGGAGAAGCGCUUUCCCUCGUUUAAAGAUGCCGAAGUUUUAUUGUGAUUACUGUGACACCUACCUAACUCACGACUCGCCGUCUGUAAGAAAGACGCACUGUAGUGGCCGUAAGCACAAGGAGAAUGUGAAGGACUACUACCAGAAAUGGAUGGAGGAGCAAGCACAAAGUCUCAUUGAUAAGACGACGGCUGCCUUUCAGCAGGGGAAGAUUCCCCCGUCUCCGUUUCCUGGAGCGCCGCCCCCUGGUGGGGCUAUGCUUCCCCCUCCCGCUCUCAAUGGUCCACCUCGGCCGGGCAUGUUGCCAGCGCCCCCUAUGGGUGGACCUCCCAUGAUGCCCAUGAUGGGUCCACCGCCACAUGGCAUGAUGCCUGGGGGACCAGCAGGCCCUGGCAUGCGCCCACCAAUGGGCGGCCCCAUGCCGAUGAUGCCCGGCCCACACAUGAUGCAGCCGCCCGCGCGACCCAUGAUGCCCCCUGUUAGACCCGGCAUGUGAUGAACCUGGAGGGCUGUUGAGCAGUCACAAGGGAGGGAGCCUUUCCGGUCAGCAAAGGCACAAUGAAACUGACCUCCUUUAUGUUCUUUUCAUCAGCCCAAUCAAAUCACAUUUUUCUGGUGGUUGGUAACAACAGUAAUAAUGACGUGGUCAGUCCAGGUAUAGUGAUUAACCUGCAGCCCAUAGGAAGCAGGAUGUAAAAUAAGAAAAAUUUGUCUGCUAACAAUGUUAGUCUUUUUGGAGAGAACAAAAAAAUCAGUCGCCUUUGAGCCAUUAAUAAAUAAAAUGCUUUGUUUUUCUUUGACAAGAGGAGGUGUUGAAGCCCCCACAGCUGAACCAAAUACUCAUGGCUGUUCAGUUUAAUUUGCAAAUAAUUUUGGGGGGAGAGGGAGGUGUAAAGAGAAUUUCCCCCUAAAAUGUUUAUUAGCAUAGCUUAACAGCUUUGAUAUACAUCAAUAAUCAUUAUAUGAUUAUAUAUAACGUUGUACAAUGAUGAUGUUUAUUAUUAAUGUAUACUAUAGCUGUUAUGGUAUGUUAGGAUUUUAAGGUAUACUUAUAUGAGGCUUAUGAAUUUUCUGUAAAUGCAUUCUACAGGUGCAGUUAAUGUAAAUUGUAACCACUUCUAUGGUAUUACCUAUUUAGUGUAGAUCCAUGACAUAAAAUCUUGAUUAGAUCCAUGUUAAUUCCAGGUUUUAACAUUACAAACUAUGGAAAGGAUGAAGAUAGAAAAUGUAGUAUAUGUGUGUGUUAGUGAACACUUGGAUACAUACCACGGAAUCUCAUGAUACUAUUUAGUCUUCCUGAUAACGUAGUGCAAGCUGAAUCCUUGGGUUCCUUUAAAUCAGAGCUAGAUAAGAUUUUAACAACUCUGAGCUAUUAGUUAAGUUCUCCCCAAGCGAGCUCGAUGGGCCGAAUGGCCUCCUCUCGUUUGUAUAGUUCUUAUGUUCUUAUUUCUUGAAGGGACGAUACGAUUCACAUUGUGACAGUCGACUUUACUGGUGGAUGUUUUGCAUGUAGCUCUGUGGUUGACGUGGGUUACAUACUGGCCACGUUUGUCCAGCUUUCCUCAAGGUUCUCCACUGUCGUCCUCCAUCAAAUAAGAGGCGACAGAGUAAAGAUGGAGGUCACGGAGAUAAGUGGAGGUGGUGUCGGGUUUUCUGCAGAGCACAUGGUGCGGACUGGAGGAGUGAGGUGGUAGAGAUGGAUGAAGGUCAGAAGGGAGCUGUUGAAUGGAUGUGAGGGUUAUCACAUCAAAGGAGGAAACAUGAGGAUUAAUGCUGUGGAGAAGAUAGCAGUGGGAUGGUUUUUGAGGAGGUACCAGUAGACAGGUAUGGUCAAGGUGGUCCAGUAACACAGAGGACAUGUAUCUGAUGUUAAGUAUGGAAGUUAUGUGGAAUCUCAGAGGAUGCAUUUAUAGCUACGCCAUCAAGCUUGCUUGUUCACAUCCCUCAGACUCGGUGUCCAAAUGAAGCGUGACUUGCAUGCAUGUUCAGGAAGUUAAUAGCCCAGGUUCACUUUAAGAGCACAAUUACCUUCAGCUCACAAACAAGACAGAUUGGAAGGCAAUAUGAUCAGUGAGGUUCCGAGUUGGGUUCCAGAAAACAGCUGUAGCAUAUGUAAUAUUGUCUGUUGUACAUUUCACUGUUGGAUGCCUUGUACCACAGUAAUGCACAGGUUAAUUCAGAAAAUGGUGAAAAGACAUAUAUGUACAUUUCAGUAAAUACCUGAUCAAUAGCCAAACACUCCGUGACGCACGUGUUGGUAAGUACAGGCAUGGGCAAAAACAAACCCACACGUAUGAAUACUCUUCUGGGCACUGAAAGAAUUGAGCACAGAGAGGCGCUUGGCUGUGCCUGAAAUUUAAGAACAAGAACCAGUGCUUAGGACUAUAAUGCAUAUGGAGUCUCAGAGGAAGAACCUAUCAGCACUUGUUUCAAAGAGGGUUAAUAUCCCAGCAAAAGAUUAUCUUGGGAUGGUUAUAGGAUAUGUGUCUAGCAUUGCUAAAAUAAAGAGAUUCCCCGGACAUGUCUUCCUCAGACUAAAUCAGUGAAAGAGGCCGUAUAACUUAAUAAUGUGGAAAUUGUAGAGCAGGGAAAGAAGCUCUUUGGGCCUCAUAUGCCUGAUGUAAUAUAUAUGACACAUUUAAUCUCAAAGACCAACCCUUAUGAGUCUCAAACGUGCUGUGGGCAAUGGAAGCGUCACGCCUGAGAUUUACAGAGCGACCAAAGACCUCAUUAUCCAUGCACUCAGGGCAUACACUCACUGGCUACUUUAUUAGGUAUACCUUGCUAGUACUGGGUUGGACCCCCUUUUGUCUUCAGAACUGCCUUAAUUGUUUGUGGCUUAAAUCCAACGAGGUGCUCGAAACAUUCAUCAGCGACAUCGGUCCAUGUUGACAUGAUAGCAUCACACAGUUCCUGCAGAUCUGUCGGCUGCACCUUCAUGAUGUGAAUCUCCCGUUCCAUCACUUCCCAUAGGUGCUGUAUUCGACUGAGAUCUGGUGACCGUGGAGGCCAUCUGAGUACAGUGAUCUCAUUGUCAGACUGGUUCCUUGAACAUGACAUGAUAUGAGCUUUGUGACAUGGCGUGUUAUCUUGCUGGAAGUAAGCCAUUAGAAACUGGGCUGACUGUGGUCAUGAAGGGAUGGAGAUGUUCAGCAACUAUACUCAGGUGGGCUGUGGCAAUUAAAUGAUGCUCACUUGGUACUAAGGGACCCAAGGUUCACCAAGAAAAUAUCCACCUCACCAUUACACCACCACCCCCAACUUCAUUUGUUGAGGACUCCGCAAAUGCACGUAAAAACAGAUGAUGAUAUUGCCUCCGCAGUGACCAGAGACUUGCACAAAGGGCCGCUGACCAAUGCUGUUCCGCCCUUCAUCUUUAGUGAGUUUCAGUCUUUUCUAAUCUGUAAAUAUGUACUUGGGAGGGUGUUCCAAAUGCAUAAUACCUAUACAAAACGACAUUAUCAUGUAUAUGUGCAAAGUGUGUAGAAAUAUCAUGUACAUUAAAUCACUCUGGUUCUGUAAUACUUUGCUUACAUGUGAAAGUGGGACAUCUGGGGCUGCAUGUGGCUCAGUGGGCUCGGCCUGUGUGUCUGUAAUCAGAAGGUCACCGGUUCAAACCCAGCUUCAGUAUGUCUGCGGGUCCUUGAGCAAGGCCCUUAACCCCCAGCUCCCUCGGUGCUCCAACAGGUGACAGCCCUUCAUGGACAGCUUACUCUACAAAGAACAAGUUGAGGGAGGUAUAAAGGCAAUUUACCCACGGGGAUCAACAAAGUAUCUAUUAUUAUAUCACUUACUAUAGGACUUGUAUAUAUUCUAUGCACCAGUCUUUCAUUGCACCAGCGAUGCUGAGCCACCCAAGCUAACAGGUCGGAACGCCAACAGAAAACCGCAUAGUUCUGUAUGAAGCCAAAGAAAUGAGCACAUUUCCUGCUACCAAGAGUAUAAAACAUGUACAGGUUGAGCAUUUCUUAACUGAACAUUUACAGUUCAUUCAUGGCGUAAAGUUUUUAAUGAGAUAGGCGGCUCUUAAGGAGUUUGUCAUCUCAAAAACAUAGCAAGUGAAAAACAUCACGAAUAAUGAAAAACGCAGUGCAUUUACAUUUUGUUGUAUUCCCUGGACAGGGAAUAUAGGUGGUUUUGUGGCUGGUCAGACUCUCCGACCGGCUGGUAUUGUAUGCUGAACAAGAACUUUGGUCCUGGAAAUGGCAGCACGGCGUCUCAGCUUCAGGCAUCUCGCAUCGGCCUUUCUCAGGCUCAGUCUCAGUCUCAGUCUCAGUCUCGUUCCUGCAGUCGCUCAGUAGUCACUACACUAGCGUUCCCAAUCUCUGAUUGCCUGUAUUUACAGUAUGCAAACCUAAGUAAUGUGUAUAAGAGCUGAUUUCCUCUAUUCUGUUUAGUACAGUAUACAGUACACUACAGUAUA